AGCCACCACGUCCUCCACUCAACGCCCGCCUAGAGUGUAAACAACUAACCACGUGACCCGGAAGAGAGAGACAGAACGCUUUGCUACAGACUACUACACGUUUAUUAAUACUGGAUACACAACUAACGACCUUACUUAAUCGACAGUAUGAGUCAGGAGUGUAUGAUAAAGUUACAAACUGCAACAAGAGAGAAACUCAGAAGAUUUAACUGUCUGAGAGCUCUGGAGGUGCAGCCCGGUGAGUUUUGGGAUGUGGUGGUGGUGACAGCUGUGGAUGAGAGCCAGAGAGAAGCUUAUGAGCUGCAGAUCAGAGACAAAGUGGAGAGGAAAGAGCUUCCCCUCGGAGUCCACUACCAGGUCUUCUCUGAUCCGCCUGGGUCUAAAAUAGGGAAUGGGGGCUCCACUCUGUUUGCUCUGCAGCAGCUCAGUGACAUCUAUGGGGAGGCUCUGAGCAGGCUGAGAGUCAUCCUCAUACAUGCAGGAGGGCUGAGUCAGCGUCUGCCCAGCGCCAGCGCCCUGGGGAAGAUCUUCACCGCUGUGCCGCUGGGUGACCCUCUCUACCAGAUGCUGGAGCUCAAACUGGCCUUGUAUGUAGAUUUCCCGUCUCAGAUGAAGCCUGGCGUACUGGUGACGUGUGCUGACGACAUAGAGCUCUACAGUACUGCGGAGCAUGAGAGUGUUCGGUUUGACAAACGUGGCUUUACAGCUUUAGCUCACCCCUCCCCGUUGUCCAUUGGGACGACCCACGGAGUGUUUGUGUUGGAUUCAAAUGAAAAGUCCUCUAACUCUGAAAUGGAGAACACUUCAUGCCUGCGUUUUCUGCACAAGCCGAGCAUCGACCAAAUGCGAGACAGUGGAGCUGUUUGUAAAAGGCGAAGUGGUUGUUUUUCUCUCUCUGACACUGAGUUUGUCUACACAGACAGCACCUAUUAUGUCGACUUCGAUACUGCAAAGUCUCUUCUGAAUCUGCUGAAGGAGUUGGGUCCUCUGGACUGUGAGGUAGACGCAUACGGGGACUUUCUCCAAGCACUGGGCCCCAGAGCGACUAUAGAUUACACCAGCAACACUGCGAAUGUCACCAAAGAGGAGAGCAGUCUGGUGGAAAUCCGCCAAAAGAUCUUCCAUCUUCUGAAAGGGACUCCCCUGAAUGUCAUCCUCCUGAACAACUCCAAGUUUUAUCACAUUGGAACCACUUCAGAGUACCUCUUUCACCUCACCGAGGACGUGGCGCUGAGGAGUGAGCUGGGCCUCCUGUCAUCUGCCUUCAGCGUAUUUAUGAAUGGAAACGCCUCCUCAGGACGCUGCGUUAUGUACAGCGUCCUCGAUCCCAGUUGCUCUGUGGGAGCUGGAUCAGUGGUGGAGUACUCCAGACUGGGAGCAGGAGCCUCCGUCGGUGGGGGCUCCAUCGUCAGCAGCUGCUGGGUCAGUGCAGGCCUCUCGGUGCCUGAUGGCGUCUUCAUGCAUUCACUGUGUGUGAACUACAAGCACCAAAUCAGGUUUGUAACCGUCGUCUUUGGGAUUAAUGACAACCUGAAGCGCAGCGUGGAGUCCCCUGCACACAUGGAGGAGCUGAAGCUGUUUGGUUUCAGCCUGGCAGAGUGUCUGUCCCACUGGGGGCUGAAAAAUGAAGUCCUGAUGUUCUCCGGUGAUUCAUCCAGCUGUAGUUUGUGGAACGCUUGUUUGUUUCCUGUUUGCUCCGAUCAGCUAAGCUCGUUCUCGCUGUCUCUGGAGAUGCUGCAGGCCGCCCUGACUGGCUCUACAUUCACCUUACCCAAAGACACAAAGCUGAUGUCAAUGCAAGAGGCCUUACAGUGUAAGAACCUGGAGGAGAUGCUGAAGUUCAGGAAGGGACUAUAUGAAGACAUCGUACAGAGAAAACACAACAAAUGAAGCUAUUAAUUGAGAUUAUUACACAGUUUUGUUGAGUACUGCAUUCUGAUUGGUCAAUCAUGGUGUUCUACGGUCUGUUUUUUUUUUAUAGCAGACCGUUGCUAUGGACGCAGGUCUGAUGUUGGACUCUGGCGGACCAUUUUUGUGUCAAAGUAGGGAUUUCUUAAGUAAGUAGGUGUGUGAUAAGCAGGAUAAAGUACAGCUAGCGGGUCAUUGUUGUGAAAAAGAAAAAACAUCAGGUCGAUCCGCUUAGCAUCAGGGUUUAUUUCACAACAAUGACCGGCUCGCUGUACAUCAUCCUUUACUUAUGUGUCAGUCAGUUUAAAAAGGACCUAUUAUGCUUUUCUGCCUUUUUUGUUAUAGUUUUUUGUGCAUGUAACAGGUCUGCAAACUUACAAAGCUCAAAGUCCACGCCAAAAGGAGUUACUCUCCUCCACAGAAACACUGCUCCUGAACUGCCUGAAACGCCUUGCUUGAAGUCCCGCCUUUUCUUCCGUAACGUGGUGAUGUCACCAAGUAACGUAUUUGCAUAACACCUGCCCAGCGGCUAGUUUGGUUGACCAAUCACAAUAGAGUGGGCCAUCGGUAUGACAAAAGUAAAGUGUUUUUUUGUACAUUAAAGCAUGUAAACAUGUUCUAGUAGAAGCCCAAAAUACAAAUAUGCACCUGAAAAUAAGCAUAAUAGGUCCUCUUUAAAUACGUGAUAACAUAGAUUGAGUUAUAAAUCAUUUAUAUAUUGUGUGAUCAUUCUAAUGAUUUUCCAACAGUCAGGAUUAUGAGCUUUUGUCAGCAGUAUGAAGAUCUGAUGUGGAUUUUGUCAUCUGAUUUAUUGUUGCAUAACAUUAAAUAAAGUUUAUUCUUA